CGUACUGUGUACUGCAGUGCGAUCCGGUGAGACGUUUUAUUUAUAUAUUAUUAAAAUAAGUUAAAUGUAUGGCAAGUAUCUAACAGCUUUAAAUCAUGACCUGAACAACUGAGCACCUGCAUUUAAAUGGACAGUAGCAGAGGAGGAAGAGGAGGGAGAGGAAAUCGUGGUGGAGAGGACAGAGAUGUCCGCCUGUCGAAGUCCUUGUCGUAUGCUCUUCGCCAUGGCGCCAACCAGAUGGGUCUUCAAAUGGGAACAGAUGGCUUCAUGUUUGUGGAAGACCUCUUGGCUCACCCGCAGUUCCGCUCAUACUCAUUGGAAGACGUCGAAAGAGUCGUGGCCACAAAUGACAAGCAGCGCUUCAAGCUCUGCCCUCAUCCGGAGGGCGGCCGCCUGCAGAUUCGAGCCAGUCAGGGUCAUUCAUUGCAGGUAAUGGAUUUGGAGCUGAAACCGGUCCUGACUGGUUCUCCAGACUGCCCUGCUGAGGCCGUUCAUGGCUCCUACCUCUGCAACUGGAGCUCCAUCCAGCAGCAGGGCCUGAGCCGCAUGAGGAGGACACACAUCCACCUGGCACCGGGCCUUCCUGGGGAGGAGGGCGUGAUCAGCGGCAUGAGGAAAGACUGUGAUCUAGCUGUAUAUAUUGAUGUCUUCAAAGCUCUGGCUGACGGCAUCAAGUUCUUCCGGUCAGAUAAUGGUGUGUUGCUGACUGAAGGUGACGCAGAGGGAAAACUUCUCCCUAAAUAUUUUAGCCGAGCCGUAACACUGAGACCUACAAGGAGCGUCCUACCACUGCAGUAGCAUCAGAGGACACGUCAUUGGUCAGAGCAGGACUCAUCCGACUGGUCUCGCAUCCCAUGGUUGGUUGAUGUUCAUCCUAGUUCCCUUGGUAACACAAUCAGAGAAUCCAUUCAUAAAUCAUCUGUAAUGGGACUGAAUUGGUAAACACUUUUUUUUGUGUCAUUAUUAAAAGCAUCAAGACAGCUUUAGGAAGACAUACUUUAUUUUAUAUGACAAGUCAAUCAACUUAUGCUGGCAAUUUAUGUAUAACUAUAGAGGCUGUGUUUUCUACUUUGCAUUGUAUGUGUUAAAUACACUUUGGCAGACAUUGACUACUAAGAUAAUUUCACCAUGAUGUAAAAUAUAUAACUAUGGUAACAAACAGACUUCUAACAACAACCGGCAGGGCCUUUAUAUGUCUUUGGAAGACAGACUGUAUGUGUGGAUAAUUAUAGGAAAGCAGAGGAUACAGACACUGUGGUUUCGGUUAACGGUUUGCUGUAACCGUUUCCGUAAGAUAUGGACACACGCACACACACACACGCACACACACACACACACACACACACACACACACACACACACACACACACACACACACACACACACACACACACACACACAGCAUGUGAGGGGAGAUAAAUGGUUCAAAGCUUCCUGUGUAAGAAAUAACGAAACGUCCCGACCAUAAGGACUGAGGACAACUGAGAAUGAAAAGUUAUUUGCUGUAUUUAUGUUAAUAAAUGUGUGUUAUCGAAAAGUU